CGCCAUGGAUGGACAGAGGGCCCUAGAACUGAUGCCUCUACUUCAGGAACGACUGGUGGUGUUGACAGGCGGUCGAGACCGGCGUGGGGGGCCUGUACUGUCCUUCCCCGCUAGUCCUCGAAGGGAACGCGCCAAACCAGAAGACUACCGUCGCCUUCUGCAGUACCUCAUGUCUAUACCCAACGACGAGGCCCGAGCGCUGGGUUUCACCGUGCUGGUGGACAUGCGGGGGGCGACGUGGUCGACCGUAAAACCCAUCCUCAAGGCGCUGCACGAACACUUUCCUCCCGGUGCCGUCCACCAGGCCCUCAUCGUCAAGCCGGACAACUUUUGGCAGAAGCAGAGGACGUCGCUAGGCUCCCACAAGUACAAAUUCGAGACAAAUAUGAUAAGCAUAGAAGCCCUGUCGAAGAUAAUAGACAGCACCCAACUGACCUCCGACCUAGAGGGUACCCUCGCUUACGACCACUCCAGCUGGCUCGAGACCAGGCUGGCCGUCGAGGAGUUCGCGUGGCAAGCGGCGGACCUCCUCGACAGGCUGGAUGACUUACAGGAGGACCUGGCGAGGAACGACUUCGCAGACGACGUGAGCGGCGCCAAGCACAAGAUAGACCUCCACAACGAGAUGAAGAAGAAGAUCAUGAAGGCCCCCGUGGAGGAUAUCGAUCUGUUGGGUCAGCGCGUGCUCCAAAAAGCCUGCGGCAACGACACCGGCCAGGGAGGGGGCGGAGGCGGCGGCGGCGGUGGCGGUGGAGGCGGCGGUGGUGGUGGUAACCGAGAAGCGGAGUCGCCGAGUAAUACCAAUCCGGACUUGGUGGACAUCAAAAAUUUAGUAUUGCAGAACCUGGAUGCUGUCCACGCGUCGCAACAGCACCUCCUCCAGCUGUGGCACCACAAAAAACUCAAGUUGGACCAGUGCUUUCAGCUGAGGCUCUUCGAGCAGGACUGCGAAAAGAUGUUCGAGUGGAUCUGCCACAACCGCGACGUCUUCCUCCUCAACUACGUGGAGAUCGGCCACACCUACCAGCUGGCCAAGCAGCUCCAAGAGGAGCACCAGCACUUCACCAUGAGCUCCAUGAACGUCUACGUCAACAUCAACCGCAUCCUUUCCGUGGCCAGCCGUCUCAUAGAGGGAGGCCACUACGCCGCUUCCCACAUCCGCGCCGUGGCCGGUCGGCUGGACAGGACGUGGAAAGACUUCGCUGCGGGGUUGGACGAGAGGACGGCGGUCCUGGCGUUAUCUGUGAUCUUCCACCACAAGGCCGAGCAGUACGUGGAGAACGUGCCUGCGUGGAAAGCCGCCUCGGAAGGAGCUAAUAUUCCCUCGGAGAUCAUGAUGUUGGAGAACGGGAUACACCAGCAUCAGAAUCUGUACGAGUCUAUGUGCCAGGCGUAUACGGAGGUUCAUAGUACCAGUAAGAAACUUCUCUAUCAGUUAGACCACUUGGUUCAAGUCUGCAAUCAACCUGGGACUGAGAAAAAACAUGGCGAGGGGACAAAUUUCGAAAACAGACCAGGCGGUAACCCGGCCGCCGACUACAGCGAGGGUGCCAGUCACGUCCUCGCUGUAAUCCACCAAAUCCUGAACCACCACAGGGCGCUUGAGCAAAAGUGGCACGCCAAGAAGAUCAAGCUGCACCAGAGGCUCGCGUUGAGGCUGUUCCAAGAAGACGUCAAGCAGGUGUUGGACUGGCUGUCCAAUCACGGAGAAGUGUUCAUCAGGAAGAACACCGGCAUCGGAAGGAACCUGCAGAAGGCGAGGGUCUACCAGAAGAGCCACGAACAUUUCGAAAAUGUCGCUCAGAACACCUACACCAACGCGGACAAGUUGCUGGCGGCCGCCGAGGAGUUGGCUCACACGGGCGAAUGUGACCCGGACGAGAUCUACUCGGUGGCGCACGAGUUGGAGGCGCACGUGACGUCGUUCGCCGCCAGGGUAGAGCAGAGGCGUCGCCGGCUCGACCUCGCCGUCCUCUUCUACACCCACGAGAAGGAGCUCGGCAACUGGGUGGACGAGCUGCGGCAGGAGCUACAGGGAGAUGAAAGUGUUGCGGAAGGCUUAGAGGCAACAGAGAGGCUUCUGGAACAGACGGCACAACACAGAGACCAAAGCUUGGAUGCCUGCGCUUCAACCAUUGCCCAGGGAGAAGCGCUGUUACAGGAAUUAAGGUCUAUUGGUGAAAUGGACUCAACUGGCUCCGUCUCAGCAGUAGAAUCAGCUCUCGACCGCCUGGCCAAACAAAGAAACGACCUGGAGGAGCUCUGGGCCGCAAGGAAACUCCGUCUCGACCUGUGCCUAAGGUUGCGCCUCUUCGAAAGGGACGCCCUCGAAGUCUCCUCUCAACUGGAAAUGUGGUCAGAGGAACUGCAACACAGCGAACUGACCAGAGACAUCGCCAAAGCCGAACAAUUCUUACGCCUCCACAAUGAGAGCGUCAGCCAGAUGCAGAACACCACGUACCAGGUCCUGCAACAAGGGCAGGAACUAGUGCAAGUGUUUGAGAAUUCCGGCAUCUGCGUCAUGGCCGACGCCCAAUACAACGCCCAGACUAGAGUUCAGGUGCUUUUAGAAUUCCUUCACGACAGGGAGAUGGACCUGGAGGACCUGGCCGAAGUGAAGAGAGUGAAAUUGGAACAGUGCAUACAGUUGGGGCAGUUCCAGAAUGACGCCAAUCAAGUCAUAAGUUGGAUUAGGAAUGGGGAGUCGAUGCUGAUGGCCAGUUUUACCAUACCCAAUAGCUUGGCGGACGCCGAGCUGCUGAAGAAGGAGCACGAGCAGUUCCAAGUUGCCAUAGAGAAGACGCAUACCUCUGCGGUACAAGUCAAACAUCGAGCUGACGCCCUUAUCAACGGCAACCACUACGACCCUCAGAGCAUCAGGGACAUCUCCGAAGAGGUCACCAAGAGAUGGCAACAACUCGUAACUUGCGCGGAAGAAAGACAUAAACUCGUAACGGCCAGCUUGAACUUCUACAAGACAGCGGAACAAGUUUGUUCUGUCUUAGACAGCCUAGAAAGAGAAUAUAGAAGAGAUGAGGACUGGUGUUCUACCGGACAGCAGAACGUCGAUAAGGCAACCGCGAUCUCCCAGUUGAUAAAUAAACACCAGGAACAGAAGGAGGCCUUCUUGAAGGCCUGUACUCUUGCCAGGAGGACUGCCGAGACCUUCUUGAAGUACACCACCAGGAGUUUGCAGUUCUACAAUUAUCCCAACACGAGCAGUAACCACGAGACGAGGGUGAAAGGGAUUUUGGAGAAACUGUUGAGCCAGGAGAACAAGGUCUUGGAACACUGGACUCAGAGGAAGAAGAGGUUGGACCAGUGCCAGCAGUUUGUUUUGUUUGAAAGAUCCGCAAAGCAGGCUAUAGAGUGGAUUCAUGAAACAGGCGAAUGUUAUCUCACCACCCACGCAACGAACCUCGGCAACAACAUAGAAGAGACGGAAAGCCUGCUUCGAGAACACAACGAAUUCAAAGCCACUGCCAAGGAAACCAGGGAACGAGUCAAGCUACUCAUCCAACUGGCCGACAGUUUGGUCGAGAAGGGUCACGCCCACGCCUGUUCCAUCAAGCAGUGGGUGGCGGCGGUGGACAACAGAUACAAGGAUUUCAGUUCCCGUAUGGAACAAUACAGGCAACAGCUGGAGGAGACGCUCGGUAUACAGGAAGAGGAGAGCGAGAAGAAGGAGUUGUCCAUCGAUAGGAAUUCGGACCCCAGUUUGGAGGCGAAGGUGAAAGAAGCUGCCGCCAAGGAGCUCAAGGAGUUGAACGAAGAAAAGAGGAGGUCUGCUAGAAGAAAAGAAUUUAUAAUGGCUGAACUGCUCCAGACCGAAAGGACCUACGUCAAGGACCUAGAGACCUGCAUAAACUCCUUCCUACAGGAGAUGAGGACGUCCACCUGCCCGACAGCCCUGCAAGGCAAAGAGGACGUCAUCUUCGGCAACAUGGAGGAGAUCUACAACUUCCACAACUCCAUCUUCCUGAAGGAGCUGGAGAAGUACGAGACGAUGCCCGAAGACGUGGGCCAUUGCUUCGUGACGUGGGCUCAGAAGUUCGACAUGUACGUGCACUACUGCAAGAACAAGCCCGAGUCGAACAGCCUCCUGGUGCAGCACGGCGGGAAUUAUUACGAGGAACUGCAGAAGAAGCACAAGGUGGAGCACCCCAUCGCCGCCUAUCUGAUAAAGCCCGUGCAGAGGAUCACCAAGUACCAGCUGCUGUUGAAGGACCUGCAGAGCUGCUGUCAGGAGGGUCAGGGCGAAAUUAAGGAUGGACUGGAGGUGAUGCUGAACGUUCCGAAAAAGGCGAACGACGCCAUGCACUUGUCUCUACUCGAGGGUUGUGACGUAUCUUCGGAUAAAUUGGGUGAGGUCGUCUUGCAAGACGCUUUCAGUGUUUGGGAUCCCAAACAACUCAUUAGAAAGGGCAGGGAUAGGCAUAUUUUUCUCUUCGAGAUGUACCUUUUGUUUACCAAAGAAGUGAAAGAUUCCGCCGGCAAAGUCAAGUACAUCUACAAGAAUAAGUUGAUGACCUCGGAAUUGGGGGUAACAGAACACAUGGAGGGGGACGAGUGCAAGUUCGCGGUGUGGACUGGUAGGGCCCCCAUCUCCGACUACCGGAUCGUGCUGAGGGCCUCGUCCCUCGACACCAAACAACUGUGGGUGAAGAAACUCAGGGAAGUCAUUCAGGAAACUUACUUCAGUGGGGCCCUGCCCCUGUCUCUACCCAAGAGCCCCGCCAAGCUCAAACCCCAAAGCCAGAGAUCCAGCAGGGAUAUGGAGGAAUGCAACUCGUUAGACGAAAGUGUAGAAAAUUUGGAUCGUAACUCGCUUGCCUCGUUUGGUUCAGGCAACACCACUGAUUCUGAUAAG